GUCUUUCUGUUGGCGCACUGUGAAGAUAAUGUGCUGUAUUUGCGCACAUUGGCCACUGGCAAGGAGCUGCAUGCCCUCAAAGGUCACAAGUCACAGCUCCAUGCCAUUGCCAUCGCUAAGGACAGUCAACGCGCCGUCGUUGGUGGCGAGGACACACGCGCACUCAUUUACGAUAUGCACUCCGGUCGCCUCAUACGCUCAAUGCCACCCAAUCCCGGCUCGAUUUCAGCUCUAUAUAUAAUGGAUAACGAUGAUUUCCUUAUCACAGUCGGCGGUAAUAAAAUCACUUUCUAUUCAUUCCGUAACGAAGAACUCUACGUACACCCGUACUCGCAUAAUCAGCGCCGAAAACGUUCUUUGAAGCGUGCGCAGCAAUCGCAACGUUCGCCAUCGACCACGCUGCCACCGAUUACCUGUUUCGAUAUAUCACGUGACUCACAAUUGGCCGCCAUCGCUUCGAGUCGCAGCGUACACAUUUUGAAGAUCAACACACCCGAGUAUCAGACGACUCUGGAUGGACACGCAGCCCCGGUGACAUGUUUAAAUUUUGCGCCGAACGGUGAGUACUUGGCAACGGGUGCAGAUGAUCGUACGGUCAACGUUUGGAAUUUGGCGUUGGGUGAGGUAACCAACUCCUUUAAGGGUCACAAUGCGUCGGUUUGUUGCGUUGUAGUGCUUAUGGACUCGCGCCGUAUCAUCUCGACCGAUCGCGAUUCCAUGAUGUAUGUGUGGUUGGCCGAAGGCGGCAACUUAUUGCAAACCAUACAGGGACCGUACAAGUUUUUGGCCGUCACAAAUAAUAUGAAGUUCGCGGUCUCUACAAAUGGUGACAAUACAUUGAAGAUCUGGUCACUGACGCGUGAGGAUGAAAAGUACACCGUGUCACAUUCGGACGAGAUCACUUGCUUCACGAUCACCGCCGACAGUUUGUAUAUAAUAACCGGUUCGCGUGACAUGUCUUUGAAGGUAUGGCAAGCCACUGGCGGCAAGCUGGCACAAGUGCUCGUCGGGCAUACCGAUGCAGUGAACUGUGUGGCAGUGUCAGUGACCAACAAGACACAAGUCAUAUCCGGUUCAAAGGAUACCAAUCUCAUCAUUUGGGAUCUGCAUACCGGCGAGGAGCUGCACACGCUAGCCGGCCAUUUAGCACCGGUGCUGGGCGUCAAAGUGUCAGCAGAUGGUUCAACGGCCAUUUCGGGCAGUGACGAUAAGACACUCAUUGUUUGGGAGACCAAACGUGGCUUAGCGCUCACUUCGCUACAAAUGCAUGUGCCCUUCCAACGUUUCGACAUCAGUCUGGAGUGUUCGCGUAUUUUAGUGCAAUUGAUGGAGAGUUUCAAUUUACCCGUUAUUUGUUUACACAACACACCAGCACAAUACGUUAAAUUGCCCACCUACUCGGCGCCGGCAAUGGAUGCGGAAGACUUACGCCCACAAGGUCCCAAGCGGCAAAUGAAGCGUCUACUCAAAAAGGAGGUAUCGCUGGACACCUACACGUGGCAGAAGAAAUACGGCCAUCUGACGUCAUCGGUUAUGAUGGCACAAGUAGAUGAACGCCUGAAGCGGCGCUUUUCUGUUUCCGCCAGCAUGGAGGAGAUUUCGAAAAUAGCCGAAAUGAAAACAAUCACUUCGCAGACUAAUCUGGGUCCGGAGCAAGCCGCUUUGGCGCAAUCGCAGCACUUCGAUCAGCUGGAGGCAUUAUGGAACAAACGCUCGCCACCGCGUAGGAGACAUAAUGCGGGUCUCUCACGGCAAACAUCGCUCGUCGAGGAUCGCCUUGAGUCAUCCGAUGACGAUGAGUAUCACGACGAACGUACAGGUAUGUUUUCACUCUCGUGCGAUCAAAUACACUUGUUAACACUUAAACCGAGCAUGCUGCGAAUGCGUUCACUUUCCUUGCAAGAGCACAUUUGGGUCACAUGUUGUAUGAAGGUACCAAUCGCACAUUUAGCACUAAAACAACAGCAACAACACCGCCACCAUUUCCACAAUCACCAACACACACACACCUCACAACACACCACCACCACCACCACAUUCACAACGGCAACCGACGGCAGCAGCAAUUUCGAAACGCUCAGCAACAAUAGUAACAACAGCUGCCACAACAAUAACAGCAACAGCGUUAAUGAUACUAACACUAAACACCAUAAAAAUCAUACGCACACCUGCGCCUGCUUGCUGCUGCACCAACACAACCAACUUGCCAACGAGCAGCAACACGAACAAUAUCAACAACGCCGACGUUGCAACAGCAGCGCCAGCGCUUUGGCGCAACAACCCGAUUUAGUACGCGACUUGCAGUGCGGCGACGUGAACUCAGCGCCUAAUUCGCCCGACGACAAAUCGGACGAUGCAACCGAUUAUCUCAGUCGCGCGCGUCACAUUUUCCGUUGGCGCAGUUUUCGAUCGCAGCGCGCGGCCAACGCACACAAGUGCCACUCCUUGCAACCGCAAAUCUAUUUGAACACCACGACCACACUAAGCUCCACUCAUGUAACCACCUAUAAUUUCAGCGCACAGGCCUGUCUACCGCCCAGAGCAACGCCCAUUAUCAUCGUAGAGAACUAUGAACAUCGCAAUGUACAACAGGUGCGCUCAAACCGUGUAAUACAUCCGCGUACGGGACGCGCCGCUUGGGGUCACACAGCCGAUGAGUCGGCUACCGAACUGCGUUGCGCCAAGCAAAGACGUGGCGUGAGCAGUAAAGUUGUACCGCAAGCGGCUGGCACAGCACAGCCCAAACAGAGACCAUUCAGUGACACAACGUCGCCAACACACGUUCGGAUGUCCGAAUAUUUACGACGCAGCUUGCAUAUGUCGCGCAUAUUUAAGCGAUCCCACUCGCAUGGCGGGAAGUCUUCACAGCCAGCGGAAGCUGCGUUAGGCAAUAAAGGGAAAGCGACUGCAGUUGAAACGGACGGCGCACUAAGUAGCCGAGCGCAUAAGUUGCACAAUAGAUUUAUGUUGGAGAAGUCAAAAGAAGAAAGGCGUACUAAAUCAGUGGAUAAGGAGGGAGACCACAGCCACGCCUCAUGUGUGAUACAGUAGUGAAUGUCAGAAAAUAAUUAGCACUAAGGCCAAGCACACAUAGUGUGGACUAGACGUCGACCGGUUUUGGAACUAUGGUAGCAGUUAUGGAAUAGUUCAAAAUAUUCUAACAUCAUUAGUUCGAUCAACAACUUUAUAAUAUAUUCAAUUAAGUCUAAUUAACAAUCAUUCGCUGAGUUAAACCGUCAGAGAGUUUCUUAAAUUGAUCGGUACCAUUGUAUAUUUAACGAUUUUGCGGUCAAUUACGCACAUUCUUCGGUCCGUGUUUCAUCAACCCGAGUUUCGAGUUGCGGACCAAACUUUCCAACUGAGCCAGCCUAAUGCCUACUAUUUCUUACGAUCCCAUCAAGCUUUUGUGACCAUAUUUUUAUCCUCAUAUCACCAUCAGUGGUAAACUUGCUCACAGUCAGUUGUAAGAGGCCCCUGUCUGGUUUACUCCAAGCGUAGAUUUUUGAUUUGCUAUAUACUUUAUAACUAUGUCAGAUAGAACUGCAUACGAGUAGUUUACGGAUAUUCGAAUAAUUAUUUAUUAUAGUUUGUCUCUGUAGAAAAGUAAGCCUUGUUUUCUAGUCACAUUCUUUAUGACUGGUGCAUCCUUACUUAUCCAAUUGGCAACUGAAAUCAUAACUAACGAAAGUCAUUUUUCUAGCAAUGGUAAUCAUUUCGUCAACGAUCUAAGCUAUUUAUGUACCAAAUAUAGAUGUUUCGCUGUACUAUUUGCAGAAACAGUCGAAUAGUAGCACAAAGCUGUUUUGAAGGCUAUUAAAAAAACUGUUCGAUUAAUCGAUAACUUCAAAAAGUAUUACAACUCGGCACUCGAUAUGUAGAUUACAUAAAAGUAUUGUCAUAUAAACUUUUAAUCGAUUUUCAUAAUAUUAAGGAAAAUUUUUGGUAAUAAAGGGUUUUUUAGACUUGUGGGUUUCAAAAAGAAUAGAAACGCAUAUAAAACCAAAAGAAUAUUUUCUGCUAGGGUGCUUUCGUAGAAAUCAUCCCUGUCACGUGCUUGCAACGGGACCGGCUCCUAGGAGCAUCAAGAGGUCAUUUAUCAACUACGUCGACGACAUAAGAUAUUCGCCGACCAGACUUCGGACUCAACAAACUUCAGACAUGCACUGACCGUUAUUCAUGUGGAGCCAUAAGCACCUUCACCCACUCCCCUCUCAGUGAAUGGCGUACAUGGAGUCAAAACACCAUCCAUUGCAGACGAAGAGCUCGAGUUGCCGCGAGAAUCGAUAGUGAUCCUUCACAGCUUCGUUCUGGAUACCGUAGCAGUUUAAAUUCCUACUUAUCCAGAAGCGACCACGACAUAUUAAAUAUAUAUAUGUCCAGCGUACAACGAAUCUCCGCAUGAUACUAACCACCUCUUUAAAUGCCCAGCUUUCUUCUGAGACCUUUCUCGGAACGAUCCGAUCCCGUCGAAAAACCACGUUUCCUAGGCCUGCCGUUGGAUGACCUCGAUGACAACUUAUCUGAACCCUACCAUUCUAACGGGGAAUAAAUAACCGUUACAAAAACAACAACAAAAUUAGUCCAGCUUACCACCACGAGAGAUAAUGCACACACCAAAAGUUUCCUUCAAUAAAUUUAUUCUGCCGUUAGCUGUAUGGCAUGUAGGGCAUCAGCAACAUCCACCUAUUCAGGCACGAGGACGUCAUUAACAAUAUAGUGUAGCGAACCAUAUGAACUGUAAUAUUAUGGCCGCUUUCAUUCUUGAAGAAAUAUGGACCAAUGAUUCUCUCUACCCAUAGCGCGCACCGAGCAGAAACUUUGUCGGAUGUAAUGGCUUGUGGUUUGGUUUAUUAACAUACCCAUUCAACCAAAAGUGCGCUUCAACGCUGAACAAAAUUUUGUUGUGAAAACCGGUAUCGGUGACCAUCUGGUUUUGGAGCCAUUCCCAAAACAUUGAUUCGAAGUAAAACUCUUCAUUAAAAAACUGAGUAAAUAUUAAGUAUAGGGUUUCCAAAGGGUUUCCAAAGGACCAACACUGAAAAAAGGAAUACCUCAUUGAAAAACACACGUCUAAAAAAACACCCAAUAUUAUUUUAAAGAUCAAAGAUACAAAAUGCCCAUGAUAGAUAAAAAAAACGAAUAUUAGUUUAAGUAUUUUUAAAAAUUUCAAAAUUUUAGUUAAAGCAUACUUCUAGCAACAACAGUUUCUUUUAGCCCGCCACUCUACACAAUUACCAAUACACAAAUCGAAUCAGUCCAUCACUUUUAGCACACAUUUACACUUGCACACUUAUUGCAUAACGGUACCACAUUUUGCCUGUUUCAAAUACUUUGAUUAUGUAAUUUAUUACUAUUUUAUCUUGAAAUCUUUUCAAUUUAUUUUUCAAUGAUAUUGCGCAUGAUCUUUUAGCACUAUUUUCCACAGAUCGAUUGCCUUAUAAAUGUGCUACCACCUAAAAAUGAAUAUUUUAAAACAAUUUAGUUUUGUAAUUAUAAAUAUAUGCAAUAGCAAGUAGCUGUAACUUGACGCAUGAGAAAAGCAAAUAUUUAGUAAAUCACGAAUUUCUGUAAUUUAGUGUUUUUAAUUUAAUUAUAUUUUCGAUGUAGAAUA